AUGCUUCCAGUGCGCGCGGGCUGGGACUUGUGCGUGAUUAGCUUGUGCGACUCUCGAUGCCUCGUUACGUUGAAAAAAAGUGACGUCUGUGCAGCACGUGUGAUAAUGCCGACAAAAAAAGGUCGCGCGUGUUUCGUGCCGCUCUGCAAAGGUGGCUACAAGUCUUCGAAAGAAAAAGUGUCGUUGUUCCGCGCCCCGUCCGACCCUCAUCGGUUGAAACAAUGGGCUCAAAACAUAAAGCGAGAUGACAAGGCUCUCGACGAAACCUGUGUCGUGUGCUCAAGACAUUUCGACGAACGCUACGUUCAAAGGACGUUCAGGCACGUUAUAAACGGGAAGGUUGUGGAAAUUGAUCGUGAGCGGCCAGCGCUCACCGAUGAUGCAGUUCCGACGAUAUUUCCUGAUGCUCCCUCCUACAUGACGAGGCCUGUUCCCCAGAAAAGGAAGGAAAGGAACCUAGCGGACAACUGUCUGCCACCAUCAAAGCGCAUGGCAUCAGGUAACCGAAUCAACAACGACCCUGCAGAUGUCAAUGAUGAAGGAUGCACAUUAGAAUUGCCAUCGCACGCACCGCAUCCGUUUUGUGACAUUGUCCCGCCGUCAUCAUCUUGUUGCAGAAUUGUUUUGUUGAACGAUCCUGCCGCUCUGUGCUUCGGGUGGCACAUCAGUUUGGAACCAAGUGACGUGCGCGUGAUCAAGCAUGUAACGUUUUCGGCUUGCGCCGAAGCAGCUGGGUACAUCUGCACAUUGCACUGCAGAAGCAUCAAAGUUGAAGAAUUUCAUGUGCAGUGUCAAGAGGACGCCGUCGCAGCGUUGACGAAGGCAGAUAAAUUGCUCCUUUGUCCUAGCUGUGAGAUUGAGCCUCUCUCACGUGGCCAACAUACACAGUAUGGAAAAGCGUACUUCUCUAAAACCUGCACUGUGACGACGUCCGAUGGCAAUACUUGUCUACGGUGCAAAUACUCAAGAAAGCUCAUCUUGAACCAGUUCAGCAGGCAGCGUAAGAAGCGACUAGCCACCUUGAAACAAGUAAAUGCAAGGAAGCGAAAAUCCCUUGACUUAUUCCGGGCCAAAAAAAAACUGUCUAAGAUGAACAAGACCGUCGAAGACCUCCGGGCACUCACGGAGUCCAUCCCAACUACUGCGCUGGAGGAGAAAAUCAGGGGCCUUCCUCCAAAGCAGCGCCUUGCUGUGAAGGCAUGUUUCGAGGCAGCUUCCAGAAAGUCAACCCGGGGCAUGCGGUUCGAUCAGCUGUGGGUGUUGGAAUGUAUCCUCAUGCGGAUGAGGAGCCCACAGCUGUAUGAACAUGUCAGGCGGCAUGAGAUUAUGGCCUUGCCAAGCAAGUCAUGCCUGGACAAGUAUUUGCAGGGAUUUAAGAGCACAUUUGGGUUUAACGGCAGCGUAUUCUCUGCGCUUGAAAAGAAGACAAAUGAAAUGGAUGAAGUCAGUCGCCAUGGGGGCCUUGUGUUCGACGAGAUAAAGCUCUCCGAGAACAUUAACGUGAUGGGCUCUGGUGAACUUAGUGGUUUUGUUGAUCUCGGCCCAUUUAGCGACGAAAGCAGCAAGACCGUGCUGAGUGACCAUGGCCUCGUGAUAAUGUUCCAGCCAUUCCAAGGAAAAUGGACACAAAUUCUUGGGGUAUUUGCUGCCAAAGGCAAUGUGAAAGCUCCUUUGCUUUCCAAGAUACUUCUUGAAGCCACAAUACUUGCCGAGAAAUCGGGUCUUUUCGUCGAUUUUUGGACAAGUGAUGGAGCUCCUUGGAACAGGUGCCUGUGGAAGCUCUUCGGCAUCAAAGCUUCAUCCAAGGAAAUCAAGUGUAAAGUGCCCCACCCUGUAAACAAAGAAAGAAGUAUCCACUUCAUAUCGGACUUCCCCCACCUGGUGAAGUGUGUGCGGAAUGCUUUUGUUGGAAAAGGCAUACAAAUUCCAGGUGGACACGCUCAUGCUUAUGUAAUAGAGGAAGCCUGGAAAAUGGACAAAGAAUCUGUGACAUUGAAGGUGAUGCCACACAUCACGCAAGCACAUGUUCAUCCAAACGCAUUUGAAAAAAUGCGAGUAAGCCUUGCAUUUCAGCUCUUCAGUCAGGAAGUACUAAAGGGUAUUUUCUUUUACCGGGACCAUUUGCAAAGGGACCACGUAAGAAACAUCGAACCGACAGAACGGUUUGUAAAACUAAUGGAAAGAUUAAUUUUUAUAAUGUCAUCUAGAAUCCCAUCAAAAGGCCUUCGUGCUGAUUUAAGAAGUGCACAAUUUUUGAAUGAGUUUAUUGUUUUUCUAAAAGAAUGGCAGGAAUAUGCUGCACAGCAUGGUGGCGGCUUUUUAAGUGCGGGAACUGCCCUUGGGCUGCGUGUAACGCUGCAAAGCACACUGUCGCUUGUAAAAUACUUGACCACGUCCCUACAAUACAGGUACUUGUUGACCGCAAACCUAAGCCAAGACAGGAUGGAUAAUGUAUUUGGGAUUGUGCGCCAGUGCUUCGGUUGCAAUGACCAUCCAACUGUGGGGCAGUUUUUGAUAAUUGUCAACAACCUGGCUUUCUACAGCCUCGCAAAGCCUCCAAAAGGAGCAAACGUACCUCCAGAAGUAGUGACUGCCCUCUUGCAACCAUCUGAUGUCCCCAAAGAAAAAAAUGCACGAGUAACUGAACUUGUCGACAAUUUACUGGAUGGCGGAAACUUGGCUUCUGCUGCAGAGCUGCUCGAAGAGCACAACAGCCUCAUCGAUCAUCAGGGCUGUGUAGACAAAAAAAGUGACAGCAGACUAAUUUUUUAUGUAGCUGGAUAUGUUGUAAGAAAAAUCCUUAAAAGAUUUCCUUGCCCUGAAUGUGCAACUUGUUUCAGCACUUUGCCUUUGCAAGCCGAGUCAAACAACAAUGCCUCGCUUACUCGAAAUUUUGACCAUGGAGGCUUAGUUUAUCCAUCAAGGCCAAUUGAACAGCUCAUAGCAAAGCUUGAGGACGCAUUUACGGUGUUUUUCAGCCGCAAUAUGCUACACGCAGAUAGCAUGAUCAGCUUUCUGCAUUUUCUUCAGGGAUGUGAGCUUGAAGGUGUGGGCUGCGAGGAGCAUGGACGUCGAGUUACGACAGAAGUUAUCAAGUUUUACGCCUUGACUAGGAUGCAUUUCCUUGUAAAGUCUGUAAACAAAGAGCGCGGCGCGCAGCGAGAAAAGAAAAAGCUGCUGAAAAUGAGGCGCUGUCAGUAG